AAAUUUCCGGAGUUACAUGGCGUUGGUCAAAUACAUAUCGCAUUUUUAUAAGUUUGUACACAUAGUUCUCAUCGCUAAUAGCAAAAUAUCUAUCACCUCCUAAAUUUGAAAACACCCACCCUAAAAUGAAAACUGGGUAGCUUACCAAUUGCAAGUGCCCCGCAGUACAGAGAAAGUCAACUCGUCCUUUACCUGUUUACGCCUGUACCGUAUGAUAUCGGUAGUCUGUUGCAGGAAACAGAGCGCGUGUAUCUUUCGCUGCGCAUUUUCAUGAAUCGUGAUGGCCAAGCGUUCGCGCCGCAACGUUUUUGGAAAUCGGACUGCCGCCAAUGAUGAGAUUAAAACUGGUUCUUAUCCGCUGGUUACUGGUGAUUAUGAAUGGGUACCAGGACCUGAAUCCGAUGAGCAAUUCCCCGAUAAUAUGGUAUGCGGUGGAAAGUUGGAAACCGGACAAUUUGCUUACAUUGGACGUGCAGACGUUGAAGAUCAAACCCCGUCCGGCUUUGUUUUGAAAGAAACGCGAGAAUUACAUGUUCCCUAUGGUACCUCGGAGCACCGUCUACGUAACUAUGAUGUUUUGGUUGUCAAGGAUCAAAAUAUUCUGGCAUGGCAGGAGUGUGAAAAUGGUCGUCCUCCCUCUACCACGUGUUGUAUACCACUAGAAGUGGGUGGAAACUUUCGUGAAAGCAUGCAAAUUGGUCGAACCUGUACCCCUUUGAUUGAGGGUCACACAUGGAAUGAAAUGCAGCUAGAAGUAUCUCGAUGGGUUAACACUGAUAAUAAUGUGCAUAGAUUGGGAAAAAUUCAUCGGAAUCACCAAUGUCUAUAUAUACCAUAUCAAGGACGGGAAUACAUUUUUAGACGCCACGAAAUGCUGAUGCUUAAAACUUCACCAGGAUCUUUAAAAAGGAUUUGUCGUUGGUCUAUCUUAAAAUAUUUAGAACACACCAGGUCCAAAUCCAGCAAAACAAUUGAUAGCUUGCCACUACCUAACAAAAUUAAGGGAUAUCUGAAGCACACAGACAAGUGACUAUACCUACUGACAUACAACCACCGUAUAUAUAAAACUUAUUUUCUAAUAUAUACCUUUUUGUUGAUUUUAUUUUAGCGUGAUAGUUUCUUUUGCAAGAUGUUGCAUUUUUUCUGAUUUGACAUUGAUUUUGACGUGAAAUAUAUACAAGUGCAAUCUGAUGUAA